GCGUAUUAAGUUAUUCGUGGAAUAUGAGUUCAAUCCCCACUAAUCUGUAGAUGGGUAUAUUCAAGGUCCUGACAGUCUUUCUCAACGCUCCUUUUUAAUGUUCUAGCUCACAUACAGGACUUAUUCAACUCCGAGCGUCAAACCUUUGUGCAUUUUCGUUGGCAUAUAUUCUAUCUAGACAUGGUUCAACUAGAAGUAGAUUCACUUGAUGAAGACUUCGUCAAGUCUAUCUCUCACUUAUUGUCGGAUGCUGGCGUACCUUCAGUUCUGUGGGGUGAUUAUCUCCUAACUGUGUACGGAGUACCGUCUAUCAUCGGGGGAAUAGAGUUCGUUGUCCCGGAUGAAAAGGUCUCAGCCGCCGUAGCCGCGCUGAAGGGAUCCAAUCUGAAAAAAUGCCCAGACCCUGGAUCAUGUGUUGUAUCCAGGGAGUAUACACAACAACCAGCCCCAUCUUUCCAUAUGCAUCUUGGAACGUCGGAGGUGGAUGUUUCUAUACGAACGCAUUUUGAAACCCUAUGGUUUAUUCUACCUCCUUCUAAAGAUAUAUUCAGCCAUACUAGGCCACAAGCUUCGCGCUACAUCUUCGCUUCUGACGACUCUAUCCUUCCACGUCCUAGACACGGCAGGGGUCACGGUGCCUUCUCAAAAGAGGGAUUUCCUGUUGUCAUCCCGACUGCACACACCAUUCUUGAGGCGUAUAUGCGCCUAUCUAUUGCGCAUCGGGAGUAAUAUAGCGGUUUUUACCUCGGCAUGAUGACAUACAUUGCAGAGUACAUCGAUGCGGACGGACUCUUGGACGAUACACAGCUGCCGGAAUUAUGCCGUAGAUUCUGGCACGAUUUCAAAGACGGCCAGCGACAAACUAGGGAAAUGAUGGAUGAACUCCAGGACUACUUUGACAAGGAGAGCACAGAAAAAAGACGUGGUGGAUGGUGGUCAAUCACAAGACUUAUAACUUCUUGGCUUGGCACAAAUGGCGGAAAAUAGGUAUAUUUUCGAGUAGCUUAAAACAUUAUCACCAGCUUCUAGUAGUCUAUUUAAGAGUAAUAUAUACAUUAAC